AUGCGUUCGCAUGAUACCCAUUUCGAGUAUGAAGUCGUCGCUGUGGUGGAUAAUGAGGCAAAUAUACAUACAGCACAUGAUCUACGCGGUGCAAAACUCUGUCAUCCUGGAUAUGGACUAGGCAACCAUUGGACUGAAGUGUUAGCCAAUUACUUUGAGUCAACUCUGAUCUCAAAAUCAUGUAAUCCGGACAUUUCGCUGACAGAAGACCGCAUUAGCGCUUCGGCUAAAUACUUUGGGCCCAGCUGCAAAGCCGGCCCAUGGGUGCCUGAUCCCACACAGGACCGAAUACUUAAGGACCGCUACCCGUCAUUUUGUCAACUGUGCUACGAUUCAUACCGUUGUGAUAUAGGUGACAAGCAUUGGGGCCGUCGUGGUGCGCUGUAUUGUCUCACUAAUGGUGUUGGAAACGUUGCUUGGGCGCGUCUGGAUGAUGUUCGUAGCCACUUCGGCUUAACAGGACUACCGGCGCAGGCAGAUCCUUCUGAGUAUAGUUAUCUCUGCGCCGACGGCCAUUUGCAGCCUAUCACCACCGAACGCCCAUGUGUUUGGGUAGCUAAGCCCUGGCCGGUAAUAGCUGCCCGGCGCACUCACGCUGCACAGAUCCAAAAUUUAGUAGCCGGUCUCAAUCACGACGACCCCAAUAGCUGGCAGAACGCAUUACUCAGUUUGCUCGAGAACUUCCACGUAGAGAUAGUUACACUUGAUAAUGUCAUUCCCAUCGAUGACUACCUGGAUCAGGCACCAGCUUUUCAGAGCGCUUACAGUUUCCCCGAAUGCAAUCCACCGCGCUCGAUCGUUUAUUGCACCACGUCGAUAAUUCAACAUAUUAAGUGUUCUUGGCUACAAGAAGCUUCCCAAGUGUACGGGGUCGAGCCGAAUAUUCAGUGUAUACGAUCUGACAGCAUUGACUCCUGCAUGGACGAUAUUAAAUUCAAGGCCGCUGAUGUGGUGUUGGUCGAUCAUGAAAACCGCAUUAGAGCACAGCGUGACUACAAUCUCGUCCCGAUACUUUACGAAUUCUCACAAGACAUGCACGAACGCUAUGCCAUAAUUGCAGUGGUGCAUAAGAACUCAAAACUAAAAUCAUUUUCUGAUCUUGAAGGAGCUAAACUUGAGUAG